CGAUUGGCUGCUCGGCGUCGCAGACGCUCACCUGCAACCCGCCGCUGUCUCGGUCUCUCGGUUGUUGCCUGCUGCUGCUGCUGCUGCUCGAAGCCCACGGCGCAGAACUGCGACGCCAACCAGUAGAAGAGUAGCGUGCAGGAAUUGAUCUUGUCUCGAUGCUCGCCAACAAACACAUAGCUUUCAAAAGAGAUCCCUUACCUUAUACCCUCGACGCUUAGACCGUCUCAUUGCGCGAACCCACGCCUGGAGGCCCAUCGACCAGCCACUCGGCCAUCUCUGCGACCCAAAUCUCAGCUGUGCGCAAGACGCGCAUCGACGCGCACUGGUCGCCAGUCAGAUUCUGGCGGAUUUUACAGCCCGCCGCGACUCACCUCUCUCGCGACCCCAUCAUCAGCGCAAUGCCACCCGCAGUAAGAAACCAGCAGCGGGAGGCGGCUGCAGCUGCAGCAGCGUCAGCGCCAGCACCAGCGCCAGCACCAGCACCGGCGCCCGCAGAAGUCGCAGAUCGCUCCGGAAACCCAUCCAACUCUCUCAAUCUCGAGCUAAACCGAAAUCUGCCCCGGGAAGCGCGACCCCAACAGCUCCAACAACCCUCGCCCCAACCGACCCAAACGGUCAUCACGGUACCUGCCCACUACGGCUCCCUCGACUCGGGCCCCUCGGCCGGUGCGGUGGUGGGAAUCACGCUCGGCUCCGUCGCCGGCUUCGUCCUCCUCCUCUGGCUCGUCUACACGUGCAUCAACAUGGGCAACCCCGCCCCGUCCGGCAACGACACGUCCACCGUGGUCACCGAGGGCACCGGGUCGGUCUACGUGCGCCGGCGCCGCAGCCGCAGCCGGCGGCGGUACUCGCGGCGGCGGGGCUCGGUCGCCGGCACCACCACCACCGCCGCCACCAAGGAGACGGUCGAGAUCCGCACGCGGGGCGGCGGCGGGAGGGGCGUCAUCGUGGAGGAGUCGACGACGGCGUCGCCGCCCGUGUCCGAGGUGGACCGCGUCAUCGUCGAGGAGAGGCGGAGGAGCGUGAGCCGGCACGAGGGCGGCGGGGGGCGGAGGACGAGCGUCCCGCCCCCGCCCAGGGGCGCGCUCUCGAGCGACACCGAGGACGAGGUGGUCGUGAUCGAGGAGCACAGCCCGCCGCGGCGGCGAAGGAGCAGCCGGGUGAGGAGCGCCGAGAGGCGGUUGAGCGGGUACCGCGAGGUCGACCCGGACCGGUUCGCCGGCGGGGAUGCCGAGUUUGUCGAGGUGAGGAGGUCGAGCAGCCGGAGGCGAUAGCUGCUUCCAAGAAUCCCCUUGCUCGUGUAUGCAUUUCCGUUGUCCGGCGUCUCUUUUUGCUGAUGGGAGGCGGCGGCCAUGGGACCCCUGGGGAGGAUAUUGGUGCGGACGGGUCCUGUCGGCUUUUGUUUUCUUUGGUGCGGUUGUCUCGGCGCUGGGCCGCUAAUUUUAUAUGGUUGGGUGUUGUACAUACAGGAGUGGAUGGCAGCCUUCGUGCUCUGGAACUCGAUUUGGGUGGAUUGUUUGGUCACUAGAGUACAUGAUACAAUUCCUGAUGAUAAAUCGCAUCCCAAGUUUUACCCCUCCUCAGCCGUCUUCAUU